CAAGGAAAGGCAGAGAAAAUCAAAACGAAACUGACCAGAAAAACAAAAAUGGAGAACGCGGCGGUGAUGAUGGACUUGCAGGCGUUGCCGGAAGGCUGCAUAGCCAACGUGAUCUCGCUGACGACUCCUCGAGACGCGUGCAGGCUGUCGUUGAUUUCGAGGGAUUUCAAGUCGGCGGCGGACUCCGACGCCGUUUGGGACAAGUUCCUUCCGCAUGAGACCAAUGAGAUCCUAUCCCACUCCGAAUCUGCAAUCCACGCCAAAUCCAAGAAGGAGCUUUACUUCACUCUCUCUCACAACCCCAUCGUCAUCGACGAUGGCAAGAUGAGCUUUUCACUUGACAAAUGGAGUGGGAAGAAAUGCUAUAUGAUAGCUGCAAGGCGCCUUCGGAUUGCUUGGGGUGAUAAUCCGGAUAUUUGGACAUGGAAAUCUCUGCCCGAGUCCAGGUUUAAGGAGGCGGCCGAGCUUCAUAGUGUAAGUUGGUUUGAAAUCCGUGGGAGGAUUGAAACGCGCAUGCUGUCCCCAUCCACGACGUAUAAAGCUUAUCUGGUGUACAAGUUAACUAAACGCGGUUAUGGACAACAGUGGCCUGUCGUGGUCACAGUUGGUGCGAGAGCUUAUGGGUUUGAUUAUGAAUGCCCUGGUUUGAAGGAAAUAACUGCAGAAAGAAAAAAAAUCAAUGAAGCUAAAUUUCCAAAUGAAAACAGGGUGGAUGGGUGGCUGGAGAUGGAGCUGGGUGAGUUUCACUGUGAAGGAGAUGAAGACGAGGAGUUGGAAAUGAUUUGUUGCAAGAUUGAGAAUUAUACUGGUAUGGGUGGUCUCCUUGUUAAAGGGAUUGAGAUCAGACCCAAAAGGAACAUGGAUAUAGUGAUUGACCAGGAUCAUGGUGGUUUGCCAGCUAUCGAUCAUGGUGAUUUGCGAGCUAUGUACCAGUACGUACAUGUAUCUGGUCUGAAGUCGAUCACUUCUAAACACUUGGCCUUGGCAAGUCAAGUCAUCAGUUUUACAUGUGCUAUUAUUCCUGGUAGGUGA